UUUCUUUGUUGUCCUUUCUCGGUUCUGUUUUCGUUUUUCGUUCGAGGUCAGAUUUGCCAGCUGUUUCUAGACAGUUCAGCUGAUGUUUGUUUUUGGGUGUUACAUUUUGAUGUGACACACAUUUUAUAAAACGUGCGACCACAAACAUAUUACUACAACUAUAAAUAAAUUAGAAUGCUUCUCAAAUAAUUUGUAUGAAUUCGUUUUGGCCUAAUAAAAAGUAUCGUUAAUGACGUAAUAGAUGUAUUCGUGAGACAAAGAGCUUAAAUAUUUAUAUUUGUUUCAAAGAUAACACAAAUCUGGAAAGCAAGGGGAUCAAGCGAAUUUCAAAAAUAAGUCUGGAUAGUGAUUCAUCCGGGGACGACGGUGGUGAACCGCCGCGUAAAAAAACCCGAAAGAGUACAAUAAACGAGACGAUGCAAUCGACUAACGGGAUGGUCCAAAAUGGGGCACCAUCAUGUAGUAACGGAUCAACUGAAAAUGGACACGGCGAUGCCGAAAAUGGUUUUUUCCUCAAUCAUCCAAACCAAGAAAUCGUCAGAUUAAUCGGACAAUUCCUUAAAAAUGAAGGCUUGACUAAAACAUGUGAAUCUUUGAUGGAUGAAUCUGGAUGUCGACUCGAUCAUCCUGCAGCUGCGAAAUUUCGCCAGCAUGUAAUGGACGGUGAUUGGUCUAAAGCGGAUCAUGAUCUACAAGAAUUACGUCCACUUUUGGGACAAGAUACUAAUAUUUUGGAGAUGAAAUUUUUAAUUCUCGAACAAAAGUAUCUGGAAUUUCUAGAAGAAGGUCGAGUUUUGGAUGCUUUGCACGUUCUAAGAAACGAAUUGACGCCUUUACAACAUAACACUGCUAGGGUACAUCAAUUAUCAAGUUUUAUGAUGUGUUCUAAUACCGAUGAAUUGCUCGAACGCACAAAUUGGGAAGGCAAAGGUAUACAGUCUCGAAUGAUUCUAAUGAAUAAAUUACAAUCGUACCUACCUCCUACGAUAAUGUUACCCCCUAAUAGAUUACAAGAAUUACUUAAUCAAGCGUUAGAACUUCAAGUUUUAAGGUGCAGCCAUCACAAUACCACUCGGGGUGUUUCUUUAUCGGAAGCUUCUCUAUUGGUGGAUCAUGUCUGUUUGAAAUCCUCUUUUCCCAUUUACACGAUACAGGUGUUGAACGAUCAUUGCGACGAGGUGUGGUUCUGUAGUUUCUCACCGGAUGGUACCAAACUAGCCACCGGCUCCAAAGACCAGAACGUGAUUAUAUGGGAUGUGGAUCCGGAAACUUGUACCUUAUCUUUGAAAAAAGUAUUGGAAGGUCAUAAUACAGGCGUCGCUUAUAUAUCGUGGAAUCCCGAUUCGACGCAUUUAAUCGCCUGCGGACCCGACGAAAGUCCGGAAGUUUGGUUGUGGAAUAUCGAGACUGAAGUUUUUCUCAAAGUUACCCAGUCGGCGGACGACGCGCUCGUCUGUUGCGCUUGGCAUAAAGACGGUACCAAAUUCGUAGUAGGUGGUGUGCGAGGUCACUUUUAUCAAUGCGACUUGAAGGGCAACGUCUUGGAUUCGUGGGAAGGUGUAAGGGUGAACGGAUUAUGGUGUCGACAAGACGGCAAAACGGUAUUGGCUUCUGAUACUCAUCACAGAAUCAGAGGAUAUAUUUUCGAAGAAGUUGCCGAUCAACAAAUUAUCCAAGAAGAUCAUCCGAUAAUGUCAUUUACGGUGGAUAAAAAGGAUCGUUUGGCCUUAUUGAAUGUAGCCACUCAAGGUGUCCACCUUUGGGAUAUAAAAGACAAAUGCUUAGUGAGAAAAUAUCAAGGGGUUACCCAGGGUCAUUUCACCAUACAUUCCACCUUCGGUGGGGUGAAUCAAGAUUUCAUUGCCAGCGGUAGCGAAGAUAAUCAAGUGUACAUAUGGCAUAUACGUAACGAACAACCGAUAGCUACGUUACAAGGACACACGCGUACCGUAAAUUGCGUAUCCUGGAACCCGGUAUACCAUCAUAUGUUGGUAUCGGUAUCGGAUGAUUGCACGAUUCGAGUAUGGGGACCAAAAGAUAAAAUGCCCAAACCGACGGGCGCCGCCAGCUGAAAAAAUCCGCUUGUAAAUUUGAUUUUUUUUUUAUUACUGUGUUUAUGAAAAAAAAAAUCGAAUCGACGCGUGGUGUAAUACCAAAAAAAAUUGAGGUAAAUAUUUUUUUUUUCUGGAAAAAAUAUCGUUACGAUUUAAUUAUUUUUUAUAUAUAUUUGUGUUUAUUUAAUUUUGUUUAUCGAUGGGUUUAGGUUUUUUUUUUUUUUGAUAAAACUAUUAAAAUAUUUAGAAAAUUUUUGGUUUUUUAUUGAAAAAUUUUAUAAUCGUUUUUUUAAUUUCGUUGACUAAAAUGAUAGUGGAUCCCCAGUAAAAUAAUAAAACUAAAAUUAUUCGAUUAUUAGCCAAACUAUUAUUUUGAUGAUAAUUUUCCACUUUCCCGAUAUAAACUGAGAGUAAAUUUCUUUUCGAGGGUAUUUGAAGCACCGUUACAACUUUUGAUGUACCUUUGGGCUUGAGACGUACCAGACUAUUUUAAGGAUUGUAUUAUCCUGGCGUAUAAAUCGAAAUUCGCAUUUUUUUGACACUUGUAAAUAAAUUGAAAAAAAAAAUUAAAAAUAUAUAAAAUAAUAAUCUUGAAUUAGUACUAGAUAUUUACAAUAAAUAUUUUAGGUUAUAUAUCGACAUUAUUUUUAUAUUAUAAACUAGAUUGUAGCGUUCGUUAUAUGUACUGUAACUUUUUUUCCAUAAAAAACUUGAUCUUAUACAGGGGAUUGUUGUUUUUGUAUUAAUCGAAUACUAUAUUCGACAAAGAAACUUAAAAUGUUUACUAUCAACGAUCAAUUUGAAAAAUAAAAUUCAAAAAAUGGUGAUUUACAAUUUUUUUAAUGGAUAUAAUCAAUAAAAAUGAAAGGUAGUCCUAAUCGAAACUAGAAGUUCCUGAAUACAAACAAAUAAAUCAUUAAUAGUACUAAUAGAAGAAGAAAUAUAAGAAAAAUAAAUCAAGGGCAGUUCUAAUCGAAGUUAAAGGAUACUAAAUAAACUAGAAACAGUCCUAAAUAAAAGUAGGAGCACUUUGAAUAAAACAGGAACGUUUUAGGCGAACUAAAAUGUUACUUAAGUGAAGCAGGAACGUUCUAAAUGAAUUGAGAGUAGUCCUAACUAAAGCAAAAGCUCUCUGAAUAAAGCAGGAACAAUCCUAAGCACUUCCAAUAAAACAGGAACGAUUUAGACGAACUAAAAAGUUAUUUAGAUGAAGCAGGAACGUUCUAAAUUAAUUAACAACAGUCCUAACUAAAGCAAAAGCGUUCCGAAUAAAGCAGGAACAGACCUAAGCACUUCCAAGAGUCCAGGAACGAUUUAGGCGAACUAAAAAGUUACUUAAGUGAAGCAGGAACGUUCUAAAUGAAUAAACAACAGUCCUAACUAAAGCAAAAGCGUUCAGAAUGAAGCAGGAACAGUCCUGAGCACUUCCAAUAAAACAGGAACGAUUUAGACGAACUAAAAAGUUACUUUAAUGAAGCAGGAACGUUCUAAAUUAAUUAACAACAGUCCUAACUAAAGCAAAAGCGUUCUGAAUAAAGCAGGAACAGACCUAAGCACUUCCAAGAGUCCAGGAACGAUUUAGGCGAACUAAAAAGUUACUUAAGUGAAGCAGGAACGUUCUAAAUGAAUAAACAACAGUCCUAACUAAAGCAAAAGCGUUUUGAAUAAAGCAGGAACAGACCUAAGCACUUCCAAGAGUCCAGGAACGAUUUAGACGAACUAAAAAGUUAUUUAAGUGAAACAGGAACGUUCUAAAUGAACUGAGAGCAGUCCUAAGUAAAGCAAAAGCGUUUUGAAUAAAGCAGGAACAGUCCUAAGCACUUCCAAUAAAACAGGAACGAUUUAGACGAACUAAAAAGUUAUUUAAGUGAAACAGGAACGUUCUAAAUGAACUGAGAGCAGUCCUAACUAAAGCAAAAGCGUUCAGAAUGAAGCAGGAACAGUCCUAAGCACUUCCAAUAAAACAGGAACGAUUUAGACGAACUAAAAAGUUACUUUAAUGAAGCAGGAACGUUCUAAAUUAAUUAACAACAGUCCUAACUAAAGCAAAAGCGUUCUGAAUAAAGCAGGAACAGUCCUGAGCACUUCCAAUAAAACAGGAACGAUUUAGACGAACUAAAAAGUUACUUUAAUGAAGCAGGAACGUUCUAAAUUAAUUAACAACAGUCCUAACUAAAGCAAAAGCGUUCUGAAUAAAGCAGGAACAGUCCUGAGCACUUCCAAUAAAACAGGAACGAUUUAGACGAACUAAAAAGUUAUUUAAGUGAAGCAGGAACGUUCUAAAUGAAUUGGGAUCGGUCCUAAGUAAAGCAAAAGCGUUUUGAAUAAAGCAGGAACAGUCCUAAGCACUUCCAAUAAAACAGGAACGAUUUAGACGAACUAAAAAGUUACUUUAAUGAAGCAGGAACGUUCUAAAUUAAUUAACAACAGUCCUAACUAAAGCAAAAGCGUUCUGAAUAAAGCAGGAACAGUCCUGAGCACUUCCAAUAAAACAGGAACGAUUUAGACGAACUAAAAAGUUAUUUAAGUGAAGCAGGAACGUUCUAAAUGAAUUGGGAUCGGUCCUAAGUAAAGCAAAAGCGUUUUGAAUAAAGCAGGAACAGUCCUAAGCACUUCCAAUAAAACAGGAACGAUUUAGACGAACUAAAAAGUUAUUUAAGUGAAGCAGGAACGUUCUAAAUGAAUUGGGAUCGGUCCUAAGUAAAGCAAAAGCGUUUUGAAUAAAGCAGGAACAGUCCUAAGCACUUCCAAUAAAACAGGAACGAUUUAGACGAACUAAAAAGUUAUUUAAGUGAAGCAGGAACGUUCUAAAUGAAUUGGGAUCGGUCCUAAGUAAAGCAAAAGCGUUCUGAAUAAAGCAGGAACAGUCCUGAGCACUUCCAAUAAAACAGGAACGAUUUAGACGAACUAAAAAGUUAUUUAAGUGAAGCAGGAACGUUCUAAAUGAAUUGGGAUCGGUCCUAAGUAAAGCAAAAGCGUUUUGAAUAAAGCAGGAACAGUCCUAAGCACUUCCAAUAAAACAGGAACGAUUUAGACGAACUAAAAAGUUACUUUAAUGAAGCAGGAACGUUCUAAAUUAAUUAACAACAGUCCUAACUAAAGCAAAAGCGUUCUGAAUAAAGCAGGAACAGUCCUGAGCACUUCCAAUAAAACAGGAACGAUUUAGACGAACUAAAAAGUUAUUUAAGUGAAGCAGGAACGUUCUAAAUGAAUUGGGAUCGGUCCUAAGUAAAGCAAAAGCGUUUUGAAUAAAGCAGGAACAGACCUAAGCACUCCCAAGAGUCCAGGAACGAUUUAGACGAACUAAAAAGUUAUUUAAGUGAAACAGGAACGUUCUAAAUGAACUGAGAACAGUCCUAACUAAAGCAAAAGCGUUUUGAAUAAAGCAGGAACAGACCUAAGCACUUCCAAGAGUCCAGGAACGAUUUAGGCGAACUAAAAAGUUAUUUAAGUGAAGCAGGAACGUUCUAAAUGAACUGAGAGCAGUCCUAAUUAAAGCAAAAGCGUUUUGAAUAAAGCAGGAACAGUCCUGAGCACUUCCAAUAAAACAGGAACGAUUUAGACGAACUAAAAAGUUAUUUAAGUGAAGCAGGAACGUUCUAAAUUAAUUAACAACAGUCCUAACUAAAGCAAAAUUGUUCUAAAUAAGUUAGGGAGAGUCCUAAUAAAAGUAGGAACAUCCGCAAGUAGUUCUAACCAAAGUAAACAUGGGGAUGAGUGUAGACUAGAUACUUUUGGAACAAAUCUCGUGUACCAUUAUUUUCAUUUAGAUUUUUGUUAACAAAAAAUUAUGGAGACUGUUUAUAUAGGAACCGUACUAAAAUUUAGGUUAUAGAGAAGAAGAUAAUAUUUGCGCUUGAAAUGGAAAAAAAAUCCGAUGUGGUAUCGAAGCCGUUCCUUGUAAAUAAUUAUUUCAUUUAAAAAUUUUGAAUAUAUUUUCAAAAAUUUCUAUUAACAAAGAAAAUUUAUUUAGCCAUUUAUGAUGUUUAAAGUGGUGAGCUUAUGUUUCUGUCGUGUAGCAAUAAAAAAUAUUUUUCAUUUAAUAAAUUUCAACAC